UAAAAUUUCCCCUAACCAAUGUAAAAUUCCUUAAGCUACCAAACAACUAUUCAGUACAAUCCUCACCACACAACUAUCGAGAUUGGGGGCUUCUUCGUGGGGAUAAUUCUAUUUCAUCGUCAACAUGAAGAAAGAGUCUUUGGAGAUAGCAGGCUACGCAGUCUUGCCCCUGCAGCUCCCUGACCCGCCAGCGACACAUUACCUCUACCUUCGACCGCAUGAACCCCGAAUUCCUGACCCUGACUCGGCUCGUUCGCUUUUUGUCGUCAAUCUUCCUAUAGACACAACUAGUAACCACCUGCGACAUCUAUUCGGAACGCAAUUGUCAGCAGGUCGGGUUGAACAAGUGCGAUUCGAAGAUGUACCGACGAAGAAACGCAGCAGCGCUCCCACAGCAGCACCGGGGAAUAUCUUGAACAGCAAGAAGAGGAAGAGAGUCACGGCAGACGAUCUUCAAAAUCAACUAGAUCAGGUAGAGCUGCCAUCUACAUGGGGCAGACAGCUGCAGAAGAGCGGUGCCCAUGCGGUAGUGGUCUUCGUCGAUAAAGCGAGCAAGGAAGCAAGUCUGAAGGCAGUGUACAAGGCCGCGAAGAAAAAUAUAACUAUUGUCUGGGGCGAGGGGAUUGAAGACCGGCUACCCCCAUUAGGACUGGAGAGAUAUCUCGCGCACGAGCGUCUUCGGUAUCCUGAUCGGGCGGAGCUGCUUCGUACCGUCAACGACUAUAUGACUGUCUUCACGCAGGUUGCGGAAGCUCGCAAGCGCGAGCAGGCGCGGAAGGCACAGGAACCUGACGAUGAUGGGUUCGUCACCGUCACUCAUGGACCGAAGCUGAACUCCACUGCCCACGAGGAGGAAUUGAAAGAGCUGGUUGAGAAGCAGGCGAAGAAGUCCGCUGGCUUGGAAGACUUCUACCGGUUUCAGUCUCGGGAGAAGAGGAAGGAGAGGCAGAAUGAAUUGCUGAGAAAGUUUAAUGAGGACAAGAAGAAGCUCGAGGAGAUGAAGAAGCGCAGAGGAAAGAUUAGGCCUGAAUGAACAUACUCAGUCACGAUGUCUACCAGAAUCCUGGGUUUGUGGUUGUCUUAGCGAGGCGUUUGGGGAGUUCGUGGCCGAUACAAAAGUCUUUCAUUGCAGGAUAUUUCGGAAUAGUGUAAGUUUGAAUUUAACAGCGUAUAAAAAUUCUCUUUGUUCGCUUCCAUGAUGAGCCCGCUGGGGCCAGAGUAGCAAGACUUGCAUUGUUCGAUGUCAUGCCAUGUCUACAAAAACCAGCGUCUCUUUACAUCUUCUCACAUUUCUGAAAUGGAGGCAUUUUUCUUUCCAACUUCUCCUUUUUACAAUUGUUUUCGUUGCCUUCAUUCUCU